GAUCCUCUCACUGGUGAAACCACCUGUAGCCCUCAGCACAAACACAGUUGUACGCCUUGUGGUUCACCCCUAUUUUUAGGGCAGCCGAGAUGUUACUAGAGCUAUUUUUACCCGACAUGCAGUUCUGCAGCGUGACCGGUGCGGCAGGCGACACAUGUCAGCUGGUUUUGUCCGCCGGGCAGGACGGCGCGGCGCGGCGCGACUGAGGGCGACCGGUGUGGAGGAGAUGUGUUACAAAUUUCACCCAGUCGGGGCAACGAUGUCUUCCCACGUCAAGCUGCGAAAGGAGAAAGUCGGCAUCGUGGAUUAUGACACGCAAAUCAAAGAGGUGCGGUGCCAGCUCGUGGACCAGCUGAAAGUGUUGGACGUGCAACUUGAGCAGAAGAGCCAGCAGCUGCAGGACCUCUCCGACUACCUGCGGAGGCGAGGGGAGAUCGAGAGCGAGUAUUCCCGCUCUCUGGAGAAACUGGCCGAAAAGUUCACUUCCAGGAUCAAGAAGAAGGAGCCCAGCAGUCACUCGUCGGUCGCGCAGGUCUGGCUGGCUCUUCUGUCUCAGACCCGACAGGACAGCCGCGAUCACAACGGCCUGAGCGAAAACUGCAGCAGCGUCCUGAUCCAGCCGCUCACACACUGCCUGGAAUACACGCAGCGCCUCGCCAAGAAGAGUAAAGACAUCUGCACUCUGCUGCAGGACGGUUUACUCAAAGUCACCACAGAGCUGCAGACUGCGUGGCGGACGUACUACCAGUACCACUCCGACUUCGUGUGUGCUGAGGGGAAGCUGCGAGAGGCCGAGAAACAGGAGGAGAAACAAAAGCAGAGCGCAAAGAAACUGGAGAGACUGAUAGAAAAGAGACAAGGAAAAGUGAAAGAGAUACACCUGAAGUGCAGCAAGGCUCGUAAUGAUUACCUGCUGAACCUGGCUGCAGUCAAUUCCUCCAUGAAUAAGUACUACCUCCAGGACAUCUCCGCUCUGAUAGACUGUGCAGAUGUCGGGUACCACCUCUCCCUGAGCCGGGUGAUGCAGGCCUACCUGUCCAGACGGUGGCGGGUCCAGAAGAGCCUGAGCUCGGGUCUGCAGCAGCUGCAGGACGCCGUGUCGGGCCUGGACCAGAGCCGGGACCGAGACGCCCUCCUCCAGGACCACUACAGCACCUUCUCCAUGCCGCUGCGCUUCCCCUACCAGCCUCACGACGGGGACCAGGUUUCUGAGGUCAGUGCAGAGUCUGAGAUGAGAUGCGAGCUGGACACCAGGUUCAGGCAGAUCCAGACCCGGCUGAAAGCCGUCACUCAGGAGACGGAGGAGGCCGGCGUGAGCGUGUCGGCGGCUCGGACUUCCCUGCUGGACGGAAUCGGCGACGACGAUCUGGAGGCGUCUCAGGAGGACGGCGCCGAGAACAACACGGUCAAACCCAGCGCGGCCCGACGCAGAGCCAACCUGCAGGAAAUCGAAAAUGUUUACUUCACUAAAGUCAGAGAGUAUCUGGUCGGCAGUUCUCUGGUGUCCAAACUGCAAGCCAAACAUGACUUGCUAAAAGUAGCAGUGGAAAAAGCUGAAGCAUCAGACGAGCACCAGCCGAGACUCCCGGGGAAGUUUGGACGCGUCCGGAGAAAUCAGUCCGCUGGCAAUUUGAUCCACAACCACAAACUGUUCAACGGAGACAUGUUGUCCUUCAUACAGGCUUCAGGACAACAAAUUCCAAUAGUUGUGGAAAGUUGCAUUUGCUUCAUCAACCUAAAUGGGCUUCACCACGAAGGGAUCUUUCGAGUGCCGGGGUCUCAAACGGAAGUCAACGCCCUGAGAGACGCGUUUGAGCGAGGAGAGGACCCGCUGGCCGAGCGCAGCUACGACCUGGACUCGGUGGCCGGGGUGCUGAAGCUGUAUUUCCGAAGUCUGGAGAAUCCGCUCUUCCCCAUCGACAGCACCAGUCAGCUCCUGGAGCACGCCCAAAUAAGCAGCGAGGCAGAGAGGGCCGCUCAGCUGAAGACGGUCAUCUGCUCGUACCCGGAACCCGUCAUUGUCGUCAUGAGAUACCUCUUCGCAUUCCUCCAUCACGUGUCUCAGUACAGCGACGAGAACAUGAUGCAGCCGUACAACCUGGCCGUGUGCUUCGGCCCCAGCCUGCUGCGCGGCGAUCAGGACGACGACGUGGUCACCCUGCAGCCGCAGAUCAACGCUCUGGUCAAGAGCCUCAUCGUCCAGCACGAGAGCAUCUUCCCCAGCCAGGGCCAAGUGGGAGGGCCCGUGUAUGAAAAAUGCAUGACGCUGGAGCAGGACGACUGUGAGGCGAACAUCGAAGAAGGAGAGUUGGAAGCGUAUCACAGUAAAGAUGAUCUGGAGACCGGAGCCUCCACUCCAGCCUCCGCACAGAGUAAACGACCGAGAGCGAACAGCAGCGGCUCCGUGGAGCACAGCAGGUCGUCUGUGGGACCAGCAGGCGGCGCCGUCGCUUCAGCUGGGAAGACGCUCCAGAUUCCAGUGGGGCCUCAGUGCAGGCCAAGGAGGAUGCACUCUCCAGGAUACGUGCACAGACAAAGUCAGCCGCAGUCGUCCACUGAAGAUAUAACUGUACAAGUAGACAAGGAGGUCUGCCGCCAGAUGGAUUCCGUCUUCAAGGAGCUUCUAAUGAAACAAGCACUGCAGGAUCCCCCUGCUGAAGCCGUCCAGGGGAAAGGGAAGCGCGAUGGCCGCAAAGGGAAAGGAGCAGGGCUCUUCAGAGCCGCAGAUCCUCUGGACUGAGAGGACAGAUGACAGGGGAGAGAGACAGGGAUGAUACUAAUGAAAUCUGAGGUGUCAUGUCAGAAGGCACUGACAGUAGCUUUCAGCACAUCUAUUUCUAGAGAACAGAGCUUGACCCAUAACCCCCUUCUGACAUCCAGUUUGAUUGCUUUAGGCCUAUUUUAAAGGCUCUUUUUUUUCUUCUUGUGUUUUUACAGCAGAUUCACAUUCUGACUGCAAACUGGCAGCGUGAUGUAGAAACUGGAUUACUUGAAAUGCACUGUGUUUUGUACGAUUUAGUGUCGAUUAUGCAGGAACAUUGUCUGCACCAGAGCUGUAAGUUUGCAAAAGUCUGCAAACAAACGCUGUAUCCAAAAUGAGUCGAUAAAGAAAACUGUGAAUACUGUAGCUGUUCUGAAUUUGUACAUAUGAAAUAUUUCUUAUUUGACAGAUAAAUAGUCUUUAUAUGUUGAUUUGUCAAUAAAUUGCCUAUUCUAAUUUUUCUGUACUGUAAGCAAGGCGUGUAUUUAUGAAGAAGAAUACUUUCAUAAAUAAAAUCCAGAUUA